AACUGGAAGUUUAUGGAAAGGGCUGCAGGAAAUCCAUUUCUGGUAAUUUCUCUCCCUCGCCCUGUGUCUGUCUCUGGAAACUGGGGAGGGAAGAGUCUGGAUUGACAGCUAACAUCACCUCCCCCUCCAUCUCUCUCUCUCUCUCGCUCUCUUCCAAAUGUCAUUUCUCGACCGGUGACUCGCCUGGACACACAGAGAGAAAGGCGACAGACAAAAAAAGAGAGACAAAAAUCCUCUGGAGUUAAAGCGUGAUGGCUGGAUUGGAGGAAGUCUGGGCGAAUGGUUGCUUCCCCAGUUGCUUCGGAUCCCAAGACGAGCUGGAGAUGAGGAGGAGGAGCAAAGGGAUUGACCACAUGCUGGCCAAGGAGAGACCCUACCUAAGGAGGAUGGUCAAAAUCCUGCUCCUGGGGGCCGGGGAGAGCGGCAAAAGCACAUUCCUCAAGCAGAUGAGGAUCAUCCACGGCCAGGACUUUGACCUGAAAACCUUGGAAGAGUUCCGGGACACCAUCUAUGGGAACAUUAUCACGGGGAUGCGAGUGUUGGUGGAUGCCAGGGAGAAACUGGGACUGCCUUGGGCUAAUGGUGAUAAUGAGAAACACGGGCUCUUCCUGAUGAUCUUCGAGAACAAUUGCAUUGGAGUUGGUGAAACACACUUCCAAAGAGUUUUGCCAGCUAUCCAAGCUCUGUGGCAAGACCAGAGCAUCCAACAGGCCUAUGAGAGACGGAGUGAAUUUCAGCUGGUGAGCUCUUCGAGGCUUGAAAUCCCGGGAAUCCUAUGUUGGUUAGGAUUGGAAGGACUGUUCUGCAUUAAGAAUGGAACCUGCCAGGUCUGGAUUACUGAGAUAACAAGGUGCAGAGCUGGAUGAACACAGCAGGCCAAGCAGCAUCAGAGGAGCAGAAAGGCUGACGUUUCGGGCCUAGACCCUUCAUCAGAAAAUGAUGGAUUACUGGUCUGGAUUACUCAUGGAUAACUCAGCAGCAAAGCCUUUGCAACAGUUUAAUACGGCAAUAAAUGAAUCAUAACAAUCACAUUGCCAUUCAGACAUAUGAAUCAGGAACAUAUGUAGGCCAUUCGGUCCCUCUAGCCUGCUCUGCCAUUCAAUAAGAUCACGGCUGCAUUCCCCAGUCUCCCUUGAUAAUCAUUGACUGCCUUGUUACUUUGCAGUUCCCUAGGUAUUGUGUAUGUAGCUCUGCUGACUGUUCACACUGAGUGACAGGGCUUACAGAGAGUACUAUCAAGAAUAGUAAAAUGUAGGGUAUGCAGAUUGAUUUUAGUAGGAUAAUAGGUCGGCACAACAUCCUGGGCCGAAGGGCCUGUACUGUGCUGUGCUGUUCUAUGUUCUAUUUUUGGCUUUCAGUUCAGGCAGCAAACAUCACCAAAGACCCCUCCCACCCCGGUUAUAAUCUCUUGCAACCUCUUCCGUUGGGCAGAAGAUACAAAAGCUUAAAAGUAUGGACCAACAGAUUCAAGAACAGCUUCUUCCCCGCUGUUAUCAGACUGCUGUUUGGACCUCUCAAAUUUUAAAUUUAAUGUUAAUCUCGCCCUUUGUGCACCUUCUCUGCAGCUGUAACAUUAUAUUCCUUGCUCUGUUCUAUUACCCUAAUACACUUUGUAUGGUAUGAUUUGCCUGUACUGUAUGGAAAACAAGAGAUUUCACUGUACCUAGGUACAUGUGACAAUAAUACAUCAAGUCAAAUGGAGUAAAACUGUUCAGAGAUGUUAUUGACAUCUGGAGCAGAUGGGACUUGAAGCCAGAUCUUUUGGCAAUGCCCCUACAUUACCAAGCUCCCUGUCUUUAUACCCUGACAAGUAAGGUGAUGAAUAAAUUAACUGGUUAACAUAAACAACCAUCCCUUAAAGGGGCACUGACCCCAAAAUCCAGUCUUAAGAGGAAAGUUGCAAAACUGAAUUUUGGGUGGCAUGUUAAUGUGUUGUUAAUUUUAGUGGACUAGUCAGCAGGAAUCCCAGGAUUUGGGGACCCAUCGUGAGUUCCAUCGUGGGAGAUGGUGGAAUUUGAAUCCAGUAAAAUAUGGAUUUAAAAGCUAGUCUAAUGGCGACCGUGAAACUGUCGUUUGUUGUAAAAACCCACCCCAUUCGCUAACGUCGCUUCGGGAAGGAAAUCUGCCAUCCUUACCUGGUCUGGCCUACAUAUGACUCCAGACCCAUGGCAAUGUGGUUGACUAUGAACUGCCCUCUGAAUGGUUUAACCAGCCAUGAUGCUGAUCUUGCCAGCCAUGUCCACAUCCCCUUCAAGAAUGGAAAAUAAACUACCUGAGGAUGCUGAUCCAUUCCAGUCUGUGAAGUCUCUAUUUUGACAUGCUCACAGUACACAAUUAAAACAGCACUCUUCGCCCAUGUAUCUUAACAAUAUG